AUGCAUUCUUUUACCUUUGUGAGCUGCCUCAUUGGCCUACUGCUGCCUUGUUCACAGGCCAAAACGGCUUGGCAGUACCGGAACUAUACAUUUGCAGUGCCUGAACAGCCAGAGUCUACAUUUGGUUCAACAAACUUCAGCUCCAAAAGCGAUGCCUUGUCUGCUUUGACGACAGCCCUAGGAAACACCUCCCUAGUGGCCUACCCUGGCGACGUCAGUUACGGCUCGACCAUUGCACGCGUCUGGACCAAACAACGCCAGACAUGGCCUGAUGCUAUCGUGUACCCCGAGACAGCAGCGCAGGUCAGCAUUGUGAUGCAGUUCUACUCGGUCCAUUAUGCCCUCUGGGGCGACGAGGGAUUUGCUAUCAUGGGCGGUGGUCACGCUGAUUUUGGCGGUGCCCAGUCGAGCAGUGUUAUUGUUGAUCUCCAGAAGCUGGGCAGCACUGAGACUGCUGUCAACGCUACUGCGACCAACGCGACAGCAAGUGACCCAGCCAGCUGGCCCAUUUUAAAAAUAGGCGGCGGCGCCGAGGCUGGCGACGUUUACAGUGCACUCGAAGGUACGGGUUGGGCAUUUCUCGGUCCACGUGCAGCGUCCAUUGGUGUGGGUGGCUUCUUGCUUGGCGGUGGCAUUGCUUUUCAGACGAACCGUUACGGCGUGGCCUCGGAUUCCAUUGUGGGUGCCGAAGUCGUCUUAGUCAAUGGUACUAUAGUCUAUGCGAGCCCAGAGAAUGAUUGCAGCGACCUAUUCUGGGCUAUCAACGGCGGCGGCUGGCUCGGGUACGGUGUUGUGACACAUUUCUACGUCCGUGCCUAUCCGGACCCCGGCAAUGCCCUGGUGGGUACCAUUGUUUUCGGCGAGGACCAGGCUGAAUCCGUAUUUGAGCGUGCAGCCAACUGGUGGACCGACAACAACAACCCUGAUGCAUUUCCAGCACUUCUCUACUACUUCAAAGAUCCUAGCACACCCACAUCACUGGUUCCUGUCCGAGAGCGUCAAUACGUCUUCCAGCUCAAUGCUCUAUACUUUGGUGGAGACCAGGCCCAAUUCAAUGAGUCGUUCGGCGCCUUCUACGAUGGCGCCAGCAGCAUCUCAUUUUCGAACUACACCAUCAAAACAGUUGACCAGUACCUUUUGACCAACUACCCCUACGGCUACAACCGUGAAUUCUACGGAAAGAGUCAUACCAACUCUACCAAGGAAUUCUACCGAGAUAUAUGGGGUCACUACAAGGAGCUUAUCCAAGGCCUGCUCUCACGUGGCGAGGACCCUGGCCACACUAUUGUAACGGAGGAGAUCUGGGGGGCGGAUAACUUUGCGCGGCUCCUCACGACUAAGAACGCCUAUGACCCAUACUGCUUGCUUAACCGUGGGCGUGUUAUCAACACGGCGGCUUGUGUAUCCAAAGGGCUCGCCAACACAUCAAUUUAG